AUGGACAUUGGCGUGACCCCGAGGCGGCACAACCCAGUGGACAGUAUCUGCCGCAAACUUCAGACUAUUCAGCGCCGUGACCGGGAGCCUAACUCGCCCUUCCAGAUCCCCAAGCUUCAAUCCAACAGCUAUGACAGCCCACACACAGGCCUGCGUCGCAACCUGGACACCAUUCUAAAGAAGCGUAAAGGAGACUCUCAGCAUGAUGUUACAGCCUUCAUGCUCAGUCCCGGUGGCUCCCGUGGCCCCAGUGCCGCCCCAAACAUUCCAAUCACCCCACUUACACCUGUCAACGCUACGUACACCAGCACACUGGGGACUUUGGCAGAGAGGGGCAGCACUGUGCCUAAGCAAAGCCGACCCUGGCAGCUAAGCUGUUCCACGCCUGCUGUCCACAACAGUGACAAUCAAUUUAGCUUUACCCCAGGAGAGAAGGAGAGGGGCAAGGGGCCAGCACAUGGCCUGCUGUCCUACAAUCUUAACUUUUACUCUUCAGAUGCCUCCAACAUAUUGGAUAGUGAGCUGCCUUAUCCAGCCCUAGUUGUAAAGAGGCUCUCAAUGGGAGACAAUGGUACUUCAGCUCCAUCAGAAUUAAAGAAAGAGAGCAUGGCAGAGGUUAGUCUGAUUUGUGAAGAGGACCUGCUGGACUCCAUUUUUCAGGCUUGUGACACACAGUGCAGAGGGAAAGUCUAUGUAUCACACAUUGUGGAUUAUCUGCGACACACGACGAGUCGUAGUUCUGAGGACAGUGGACUGGAGGAGCUCUGUAAUAUGCUGGACCCUGAACAGAAGGACAUCUCUAUUGACUUGGACACCUACCAUGCUAUCAUGAAGGAGUGGAUAGAGGACUGUCGCAAUCAGGUGAAGGAUGAUAAAGACAGCUUGACUCCAGAAUCAGUCAAACUGCCAGGUAGUCUAUCAGCAAAAAGAUCAAUGUUGUUAAACAUGACCUCGGGCAGCCUGGAGGCUUUUGGAGGAGAGGCAUCCAGAGCUGAGCUGGAAACAUCUGAUUUGGUGUUCUGUGUAGCUGACUUGCAGUUUAAUAACCAGAAACUGCAGGAACAUGUCAGAAAGCUGAAGCAGGCUGUAGAAACAAUGGAGGAGACCAAUCAAAAACUUAUUGAAGAAAAUGAAGAGCUUAAAAAUCAGGCCAAAAUGGGGCAGCAGCUACUUCAAAAGGAGCUCAUGUUGAAAGAGGAGGUAGAGGAGAUGAAACUGACUUUGAGCUCUUCAGAAGAGAACAAAGCACGAGCCACAGCUCAGAGCAAACUCAUGGAAAGAGAGAAUCAAACUCUAAUAACAAAGAUUUCUUCUCUGCAGGAUGAGAACCUCAAAGUCUCAAAAGUGGUGGAUGAGCUUCAGAAGAAGAUGAAGGUGCUAUAUGAACUCAACACCGACCUGCAGGCUCAAACACUUUCAUUUGAUGCUGUCAUUUCUGAAAAGGAUAGACUGAUACAAGAGAAAACCAAUCAGAUUGAUGAGUUGAAGGCUGCUAUUCUGGAGUACUCAUCAAUAACAGAAUUGCUGAGAGCAGAGAAGAGCAAGUUGGAAAACCAGAUGCAGAUGCUACAGCCUGAUGUUGCCAUGUCUGGUCUCUCCCUCUCUGUGGCAUACAGACUGAAUCAGACAGGUUCAGGUUCUCUGGAGACAGAGUUGGCCCUGGCACAGCAGAAUCCUGUAGAGGGUGCAGAGCAUUUGUCUUCCGUCUCAUUUGCCUCGCCCUUGGAUGAGACACUGGAUCGUGAGGUUCUGUUUCUGCUCCAAGGUCCAACACCUGAGCAGAUGUCACUGGAGUUCAAACUUUUGAUUAACAGACUGAGACAAGAGCGUGAAGAUGCCACUCUUGCAGUUCUUGGAGCACUACAAGGCUUUAGAAAAAGUCAGGAAUCUCAGAAUCCCGAUACCAACUUUGAUCUUCAACUCCAGGGCUUGCAGGUACAGCUGGAGCAGCAGCGUGGUGAGUGGACAAAUGGUCUCGAGCAGCUGAAGCAGUACACAGAUUCUUUGGAGAAGGAGCUACUCAAGAUGGCCAGCAACAUGCGACGCUCCCGCACUGAGAUCUUGCACCUGUCGGUCAGAGUUCAGGAACAGGAAAUUCAAAAACAGCAGCUGUGUGAUGAACUGGAACAAUUAAAGACUCGACAGAACUGUAGAGAAGCCAGUUGCCAGACAGAGGACGACCUGCAACAGGCUAUAGAUAAUCAAGAAGAUUCUUCACCAGAGUGGGACAAGCUAUAUCCAUUGCUCGACUCUCCUGUUGAAGAGAAGCUACCUUUUAUUGGAGAGGAUAAGACGGGUCAGAAUGAGCCUACUGCUGAAGAUGAGCAGUUACAGACUGAUCUGACCGAGCCCAAGACUUCAGAGGAGGUGCAUAGUGAGGAAGUUGAAGAAAGUGCAUUAGUCGAAGACAGAAAAGCACCACAUGAUUCUGUGGGUGACACUGAAGAGCCUGGAGGUCUAUCAAAGAGCAUUACAGAAACUGAAACCUGUGAAACUCUGGCUGCCGAUAAAAUUGGAGUCCAGGAUCAUGGUGGAACUCAAGAGGAAGAAAGCAGACUCCCAGAAUGCAAUGGGCCUCAUGACACCCACGAACAUUCUGUCUGUUGCAAUGCAGCUGAGGCUGCUUCUCCUUCACACUCCCACCCUCUGUGUACUGAUGAACCAGCACUGAACCAUGUGGAAGCUUUACCCCAAUCUACUGAGUCUACUCCUCCACAGACUUCCAAUAUAGAGUCUAAUCCAAUCGACAGGCCGGAACCAUUCAAAUCCAUUUCUCUGCCUGAGAGCUCUCCUCAGCAGAGUGUGGACUUAGAAAUACAACCAGAGGCAGAGACCGACCCGGCCAGCAUGAGCAACUCGCAGAAACUGACUCAGGACCAGACUUCUGAUGCCCCGACAGCUUCGGAACGAAGCGGUCUAAUGCCUGUAGCUGAAGAAGAGGAACCAGUGCCAGAGGCUGUGGGUGGCACAGCAGCCCUGGCUAAGAGUGGAGGGGCAGCGGCCACUCCUAAUGCUGCCAAAACUGCUGGUUCCAGUCAGUCCUCCAGCCAGGCAACAGCAAAUGUGAAUCCUGUCCUGUCUAUUCGGAGCACAUUCAAAAAGGAUUUGGAGACUCCUGACAGUAUAGACAUGCAGGAUGACGAAAAUUCUGUUGUUGGUGAAGAUGGCCUGACUCAAAGUGAAAAGCAAAUUGAGGCGGAGUUCCAUCAGCUCUCUCUGAGCCAGAGGUGUGAUUUGUUCACACUUGAGAAAAGGCUUCGUCUAGAGGAGAGGUCACGAGAUCUGGCGGAGGAGAAUGUCCGUAAAGAGGUGUCCAGCUGCCAGGGCCUGCUUCAGGCUUUGAUCCCUUUGUGUGGAGAGGACAACCAGGCAUUGGAAAUCAUCCAGCGGCUUCAGAAGAACCUGGAUAUUCUUAUACAGUCUGUAAGCAGAGUGUCCAGUCGCUCUGAAAUGUUGGGUGCCAUUCACCAGGAGGCUCGCAUGGGGAAAGCGGUGGAGGUGAUGAUUCAGCAUGUGGAGAACUUGAGGAGGACGUUCACUAAAGAGCACGCUGAGCUGUUGGAGCUCAGAGAGAGCGGCGCGCAUAAAAAUAACCCAUUCGCCUCCAAAACAGAGAAGGCAGAGGAUGUGAAAAUCAAAAAGCCAAUAGCCAACCAGUUUUACAAGUUGGCAUCUUCCCGUCGCAUUAGCCAAGCUGCCAUGGGCCGUGCUGAAGGCGGACAGACGCCUGCUGACAUGGCUAAGGAUGGAACAGAUGCAGACAAGCUUUCUUCUAAAUCACCUAAGAACAUGGUGGGGAACAGCGCUCAGCGGGCACCAUUAAAGCGUUUCUUUAGUUCGGGAAGUUGGGCUGAGACUGAUGUGCCUUCUUUUAGGUAUGGGUGUGAUGCAGGUUCACACUCUGAGGCAAACCCACACGAGCAGCUGAAGAAGAGAAGGUCUAGUCUAACAGAGCUGGGAAACAAAAUCACCUCGUUUGUUAUGCCCGCCAAGACCAAUCCGAGUCCUACGACAGAAAAGGCCGCACCUGUGACAGCAAAAACGCAGAACACAGAACCAUCUGAUGCCACGAACGCCAAUCCUUGUUCCUGGUUGGCCAUUUUAAUUUUGCUGGUUGGCUUUCUUAUGCUGUUGGGCAAGCUGCUGUUACAGCCGGCUGUGAACGCAGCCCCCGUGGGUACCGGCGACUCCUGGAUGACGAUCCAGCAGAUUCUGUGGCCCUUUACGGGGCUCCGUCACAAUGGCCGGCCUCCUGUUUGAAUCAACAGCUUCAUCCCAUCGGCACUUCGGCUCUCUUUGAUGGACUGGGUUGUAGCUUGCAUCAGAAGACCUGGUUUUGAAAAUAAAGCAUCUGCAGAAACUGUACUGGUGCAGGACUGGUACCACUAAGUGCACCGUUAAAUUAUAUCAUGUGACCUUUUUUCCUUUCGGACAUGAUGAUGGAGAGAGGACGGCAUCAGAGGACGGCUUGUUAAUCCCCCAACAUCCCUAUCCAGCACUCUGAAGGACGUUUUUUACUGAAGGAUUACUAAUUAAUGAACCGCAGGUUUUUUUUUUGCUGUUUAGAAGUGAAAUCUAAGUUAUUAUUUUAAAAUUUUUAUUACUUUAGAGUAAGAGGAACUGGCUGUGCUUUUAAUAAUCUUCUGUUUUUAGUUUUUCACAUUAAGUUCUAGGUUUGAUGUGCACUGUUAAUAAUUCAUCAUUCUGUAUGUUCCAAAGAUGAGGAAAAACAACCUAUACACAAUAAAGUAAGUGAUCCAGUCACAAUCACAACAUGGUGAAUUAUGUUGGACUUGACUAAUCAUAUAGGCAAAGUUGCCCAUUAUUAUUAUUGAUUAUUUUUACUUGGUUGCCUUGGCUACAAGAGUAGGGAUACCAGAUUACCAAAUUCUACAUAGCCAUACAAAACGCUAUAAACAUCAUCUGUAAAUUUAAAAUAGCACCCAAUAUGUCAUAGUGUCACAAAAAAAUCUGAGUAAUAAUAAAAC